AUGAUCUCAACUCCCCCUCUCACCCCUCAAGCGAUCGAUCUUCCCACAGACAUACUGCUCAAUCAUGUCACUCGUCGUCCUAGAGGACGACCACCCCGUCAAUAUCUCCCUUCUCCACUCUCAACGCCUUUACAACUGGAUGGUUUGGCAUCAACAACGUGUGAAUAUGCCAUCUCAGAACCUAUUCGUCCUUCAACCCAAGCUGUCACCUACACAGAGAGCAUCCGCUUGGAAGAAAAUAUCAAAGAUGACAAUUAUGAUUGGUAUAAAGAGCUGUUCGACGAUCAAGGACACUACCUUGUUGGAGAGAUUGCUUCCAACGCUCAUAUUCAUACUUCUUCAACCCGGACUGAAGAAGAAUACUACACCCAUUCGACCGAUACAACGCCUGUCACCAGAAGUAUAGAUAACCUUCCUCAAUUCUUCGACGCAAACAUGAUUACAACGUUAAACGACAUUCGAUCGGGCAUGCGCACAAGUACAAUGGCUAGAUCCUCCUGGAUUAAUUCCGUCAGACAUACGUUCACGGCGCUUCAAGAUCAACGUCCGGUCUACCUAUGA